GCGGCGGAACUGGUGGAGGCGAAGGUGAGAUCGGGUGGGGAACAGCCCCGUGCAGGAAUUGGGGGGGCACCACUAUUCUCACACAGAACAUGGUGAUGAGUUUCCGUGUAUCAGACUUGCAGAUGCUACUGGGAUAUGUUGGACGGAGUAAGAGUGGUCUUAAGCAUGAGCUGGUCACAAGGGCCCUACAGUUGGUGCAAUUUGAUUGUAGCCCAGAGGUUUUCAAAAAAAUCAAGGAGCUGUAUGAGACACGAUAUGCCAAAAAGAGCUCUGAUGUAGUCACGUCUGCUCCAGUACAGCCUUCUCUACCACACCGAUCACCUGAGGCUCUCCCAAUCCACCAAUCUUAUGAUCACGGGAACAAUGGUCCCAGAACAACUCUCUCUCCCUCUAAUAUUGACUACCCCUCUCUAUAUGGGAAACAUGUUAAUGGCUUAUCCAGGGUCCCUCCCAAAAUCAUAACCAAGCCUGAAGUGAGACUUGUCAAGUUGCCAUUCUACGAUGUUGUGGAUGAACUCUUAAAACCAACAGAGCUGGUUGCUCAGAAUAGUGAGAAGCUCCAGGAUAGCCCCUGUGUAUUUGUUCUGUCGCCCAGGCAAGUGGACCUCAUCAAGAACUCCAGGGAUUUACACCCCGGCAUCAAAUCAGUUCAGGUGGUCCUAAGGAUCUGUUACACUGAUACCAGCUGCCCACAGGAAGAUCAGUACCCACCCAAUAUUGCUGUGAAGGUUAAUCACAACUAUUGCUCAGUCCCAGGUUACUACCCCUCCAAUAAACCCGGUGUAGAACCCAAACGGCCAUGUCGCCCCAUCAACCUUACAAAUCUCAUGUACCUGUCGUCUGCCAGUAACAGAGUCACAGUAACUUGGGGGAAUUAUGGAAAGAGUUACUCUGUGGGUUUGUACCUGGUAAGACAAAGAACCUCUGCUGAACUCCUACAGAGGUUGAAAACCAUUGGUGUGAAACAUCCAGAGCUUUGCAAGACUCUAGUUCGUGAAAAGCUUCGGCUGGACCCAGAUAGUGAGAUUGCAACCACUGGUGUUAGAGUGUCACUUAUUUGUCCGCUAGUAAAGAUGCGUUUGACUGUGCCCUGUCGAGCGGAAACCUGUGCUCACCUCCAAUGCUUUGAUGCAGUCUUCUAUCUUCAAAUGAAUGAGAAAAAGCCAACCUGGACCUGUCCAGUAUGUGACAAACCUGCCCAGUAUGACCAACUUAUCAUUGAUGGUCUCUUGUCCAAGAUCCUCAUGGAGUGUAAAGAUGCAGAUGAGAUUGAAUUCCUUGUUGAUGGGUCCUGGCGUCCAUUAAAGGCAGAGAAAGAAAGAUCCAGCAGUCCUGUGUGUCCUAUUCUUGUGCUAAACUCUGCAGACCUUACAGCCAAGCUUCCCCUUCCCAGCAAUAUGCCAUCAACUGAAAAUGGAAAACCUGGUCCAGAUGUGGUAGACUUGACACUUGACAGCUCUUCGUCUUCAUCGUCGUCCUCUGACGAAGAUGAAGAUGAUGAGGAGGAGGAUCGCCCUCCACAAAAGAGACGCUGCUAUGAGAAAGGGCUUUUAUCAGCCUGCUAACCCCAUCACUCACACAAUGGACUCAGGCCUAGAGGACAGCAGGCAGAUGUUGGGAGAUGGUCCUCCCCCCACCAAAAUCUGUACACAUCACUACUUCCAUAAAAGCUUUCCUGUCAAUAUAACAAUCUUAAGGUGUGCAGUGCAUUGUGUGCAGCAGAUACGGAGCUACUUGCCUCAUUAAUUUACUUGUUGCCCCUCUAUUUUGCUUUCAUAAAUUUUAUCUCUGCGGAGGAGGCCCAGGAGAGACAGACUCAAAGGGGGAGGGAACCAUUCCGUGUCUCCCAUCCCUCCUCCCCUUCAACUGCUGCUUUAAAAUGUAGACCUAUAUCAUUUUAUUUUUCUUUGCUAGACUGCUCCUUUUAUGAUGAUGGUUGGGGGUGAGAAGAGAAAAUAAGUAAUUGACUGCAAAGGAGAGCUGGCAGAGGCUGUAUAUUGCUUGAUUGAAAAUGUAUUAUAGAGAAACAUUGAGUUGUAAAUAUUUAGACAUAGAGCCAUGGGGGAGCAGUUAAAAAAAAAUAUUUAUCUGCCUCUUUACUGCAGGAGUGGGGGAGGGGUGCUUUUAAAAUUUGUUUCCCUUCUACUUGGUGAUAUGCAAAAAGCGGGUGUGUUUUUAAUUUCGUUGGGCAAUGUUAGGGGUGGGUGGGUUACACCACGCUUUCAAUCCAACUACCUCUCUGCUAUUCAGGUUUUAUUUCUGUGCUAGUGAUGGGGGUUAAUGCUGCUCUGAAUACUGUCUUCUUCCUCCCCUAAACUCCAAUAUUGCAUCUUUUCUUUCCAAACUGCCUUGCUGUUUUCCUCAAAUCAUUGGAGUCGCCCAUUGUUACUGUUGCAUACAAAACAUCAAUUUUUUUGGACACACACCCUAGACCUUUUGCAUCAAUUGCCCACGUCAGUUCGUCUCACAGCAGACAAUCCUCUCCUUCCAAACCUAUGGAUGCACUUAAAAGAGGAGCAUGGGGCAUCUGCUUGUUCAUUUUCCUCUAGCCUCUGUAUAGGCUAGGCACCCCUCAAGGUGAAAUUGGGGUGAAGUGGGGUAUUUGUGGAGUCAAAAAUGUCUAGACUCCAAAAAACAUGAAUAUAUAUAUAUUUUUUUUUUUGUUAACCUUUUGACAAGGAGGGUAAACUUAAGCAGGUUCUUUUGUACUAAGACUGCACCUGAUCUUCACUCGUCUCGUCCCAGAGAACUGGACUGUAUUUUAUUUGUUAAUUAUACUUUUUUUUUUUUUUUUUUUUCCCCCUACCUUUUUAUGUCCUUGUGGUAAGAUUUUUUUUAAGUCAGGAUGUAGCUGACCUUGCGAUCUGCCGCAUGGUGACAAUUUAACUUUUAUUUUUCAUUCUAAUUUAAUGAUUUUAAAAACUUGAGUCACUCUAUCUGUUAGCAUUUUAUUUUCUUUAUAUGUGUAUGUUUUCUCUUUUGUAGAAAAAGAAAAUUCUUUACGAGAAAAAAAAAAAAUCCCUAGUCUCCUCUCCCUCUCCUGUGAGUUGGUCCCCCAGAGCUAAAGGAAAAACAAAAACACAAAAAGUUAGUGUUUGUUACAAUAAAACGAUUUACAAUUA